AUGCAACAACGUUUUGCUAAGGAUCUAAUUCCUCCAAUCAAUUUUCCAGACGCACUUCGACCAUACGCCCGCUUUGAAUAUGCACAUAUUGUCGAAGCUGCCAACUCAUCGCUGGCGAUGCCGGCCGACAUCCAACCAAAGCCGUUACACAGCAGGGCCAACGACAGCUUGCAGAUUCAGCCUUGCUCAGCCUGCUGCAUUGCCACACCGGUCAGUCGAUCUCUGAGCAACUGGCUUCUUAUUUUCCCUCAUCGCUCUUCCGUGUCCAUGUCCUCAAACCUUCGAUCUUCUUUUCCAGCAAGCCUGCGAUCAUGGGACAUCCCGUCAUCGACUCAACUGCGUCCUCUGAUAGGAAUCGACCUUCUCCCUCACCACGGCGACUCGUCACAACCAACAUGCGCUUGCACGGCAGUCUCAGUCAUCGUAAUAAACCAUGUUGCUUUCUGUGAGGAAUGCGGGCUGCCUGUAACAGAUACACAACUGGCUAUUGAACAAUUGGAUGCCCAAAUUAGGUCAUCCGCCGAUGACUACUAUGAACUAUUCAAAUAUAGUUUCGCCAACUAUCUAUCCCGGCUGCCGUAUAAUUUGCCCCCAUACAAAUAUAUCCCUAUACAACGUGAAGAGGAGAUCAGAUUGGCAGUCCUUCACCCUGGUUGCUGGAAAGACCCUAUUCACUGUACCAUUACAAGAGCGGAAGUGGAUAAUCUACCGGCAUUCGAGGCUAUUUCAUAUACUUGGGCAGACGAAAACGGCGAUGCCAGCCUCAGUUCCGUUGUAACAUGCGGCAGAUCUCGGAAGAUCAUACCUGUCACUCCAAACUGUAUUGCUGCUCUUCGUCGAAUUCGCCUUCUCCGGAGCAAUCGCUUAAUAUGGAUCGAUUCCAUAUGCAUCGACCAAAACAGCCUUGGAGAAAGAAGCCAUCAGGUACGAUGGAUGUCCAAGAUCUAUUCUGCAGCUUGGCGCGUCUUGGUUUAUCUGGGUGAAGCUCCAUAUCCAACUUGGAAACUAUUCAAUCACCUUAACGACAUUCAAUCAGCUCUUGAUCAUUCUCGUAGGGAUAAAGAAGGGUAUUUCAAAUUUGCAUCUUUCGAUUCUCAAGACGAUGACAAGCAGGAAGAAUACACUUUGAGCACACGCGAUCUUCUCUCACGACCGUGGUUCAGUCGCACAUGGGUUUUACAAGAGAUUUGCAUGGCUCAAAAAGCUAAAGUACUUUGUGGGAACAGACUAGCUCGCUGGGAAUCUUUGUCCAUCUUCAAUUUGAACUGUGCCAAUCUGGGCUGUACAAGGUUGGACGGCACGAUACCUGCAGCUUUACUCAUCGGGAAAGAAUCACUGAACUACAAUCUCGGAUUUGCAAAAUACCGCACACUUUUGGGCCUUCUAAGAGACUGCAGGCCAUGCUUAUCAACGGAUCCACACGACAAGGUUUAUGCGCUCCUGGGUCUUGUCGAGGACGAUUCCGCGGCCGACAUACAUCCAGACUAUUCAAGGCCAAUUUCGGAAGUUUUCACCGAAGUUGCUGUGAAACUGAUCAAGUACUACAAUGAUCUGCGUAUACUUACUGACGCCCAGGGCCCAACCCAGAUAUCAGGGUUACCUUCUUGGGCGCCUGAUUGGAGCUCCAAAGCAGUGGACCCUAUUUCAGGCCGGAGACCUCUAGGAUUGCCUGACAGUGAUUCGCCUCCAAUAGCUGAAGUUUUGCGGACACGCUCACUUUCCGGGAGUCAGGCAUUUCUUUCAAUUCGCGGAACAAAGCUCGGCAGAAUUUUCACUAUCGGCUACAUCUAUGAUGGCAAGAGGCCUGUAGCUGAUCCGUACAAAUUAAGAUCAAGUUACGUACUAUCAUCUUCUUAUCCAAAUCAACUCCCUCGAAUUGAAUUCUGGAGCCACUGGGACGAACUCAACCAUUCGAACCCGCCCCUCCUAGAUUGCGAUAUUCCGCAGGCUUUCGCUUGUACGAUCCAAUCAUCCAAAAUGCCAAUUGAGGAGAGCUUCGGGUUCCCUUCAGAUGCGAAUAACAACUAUUCAAAACCAUGCGAGAAGGAAAUAGACGACUUCAAAACAGCAAUAAGUUCUAAAACAAAAUCGCACCGAUUGUUUGCGACCGAAGAAACAAUGGGCGUUGGUCCAGCCGAUACUGAAGUUGGAGAUGUCGUCUACUCUUUGAGAGGUGCUGAUGUGCCGUUUGUGCUCAGACCGUAUGAGGAUGGCUUUAAGCUCGUCGGCGACUGCUACGUUCAUCCUAGGAAACUAUAUUGCCGCUGCAUGGGAUGGGAAACAAAGAUACCUGGGUUUGAGGAGCAAAUUUUGUUAUACUGAGGUUUCGAAACAGUUUUCUCUUGUUAGACCUCUUUUCUUCAAUCCAAAUCUCUCGUAGACAUUCCAACACAGACUCACUUACGUCCCCCCAACCACCAACAUCUCUCUGCACAUCCAUUCCCACGCAAACCCCCUCACAACUUCGCAUUAACAACACUCCCACCAUCCAGCGUAAUCGUCGCGCCAUUAACAUAACUCCCCGCCCUACUCGCCAAAAACAAACACGCACCAGCUACAUCCCCAGGCUG